GAGAGUGAGUGAGUUAGUGAAGUGUGAAUAAAGAUAUCAUUCUUGUUAUCAUAUACUGUACUUAGACAAGAUGGCUUCUGAAUCAUCUUCACCUUCAAGUCCAGUUCAUGUAAUGCUCGUUUCAUUUAUAGGACAAGGCAGCGUCUCUCCUCUUCUUUGUCUUGGCAAGCUAAUGGCUUCAAAGGGAACACUCGUUACCUUCGUCACUCCAGAGUAUUGGGCGAGUAAAAUGAGACAAGCCAACAAGAUCGUCGACAGUGAGCUUAAACCGGUUGGUUCCGGUGCAAUCCGAUUCGAGUCUUUCGACAAAAAAUGGAAAGAGGAAGAUGACCGCAAAGGUGAUUUCUCUUUGUACAUGUCACAUCUAGAAGAUAUGGGGAAAAGUGAAGUGUGCAAACUCGUGACAAGAUACGAGGAAAAGAAGGAGCCUGUCUCGUGUCUGAUCAAUCAUCCUUUCAUUCCAUGGGUCUGUGAUGCGGCCGAAGAGUUAAACAUUCCUUGUGCACUUCUUUGGGUUCAGUCUUGUGCUUGUUUCUCUGCUUAUUACCAUUACCAAAAUGGUUCUGUUUCUUUCCCGACAGAAACUGAGCCUCGGCUUGAUGUUAAGCUCCCUUGCCUUCCUAUCUUGAAACACGACGAGAUCCCUAACUUUCUCCAUCCGUCUUCUAAAUUUUCCGGGUUUCGACAAGCGAUUCUUGGACAGUUCAAGAACUUGAAGAAGCCCUUUUGUGUUCUAAUCAAUUCCUUUGAUGCCUUGGAACAAGAAUUGCUGGAGUACAUGUCUAAUUUAUGUCCAAUCAAAACUAUCGGACCGCUUUCUCUAUUCGCUUAUAAGGAGGUGACCUCUGAUGUAAGUGCUGACAUGUGCAAGCCGUCGGAUCAAUGUCUCGAGUGGUUAGACUCAAGACCAAAAUCAUCUGUUGUCUACAUUUCUUUCGGGACGAUUGCAUACUUCAAGCAAGAACAAAUGGAAGAGUUCGUUCACGGAGUUUUGAAAUCGGGUUUAUCCUUCUUGUGGGUGAUUAGACCUCCAGUGAAAGCACUAAAUGUCACUACUAAUGUCUUGCCUCAAGAACUACUAGAGGCGACUAGAAGAGGUAAAGGAAAGAUUGUGGAUUGGUGUCCACAAGAGCAAGUCUUGGCUCAUCUUUCAGUAUCGUGCUUCGUCACUCAUUGUGGAUGGAACUCCACAAUGGAGGCUUUGUCUUUUGGAGUUCCGGUGGUUUGUUUACCGCAAUGGGGAGAUCAAGUCACCAACGCGGUUUAUCUCAUUGAUGUUUUCAAGAUGGGAGUUAGGCUUGGUCGUGGAGCGAUGGAGGAUAGGGUUGUCCUGAGGGAGGAAAUGACGGAGAAGCUUUUGGAAGCGACAGUUGGGGAGAAAGCCGAGGAGUUGAGGAAGAAUGCUUUGCAAUGGAAGGCCAAGGCAGAAGCCGCGGUGGCUCCUGGAGGAUCAUCGGAUAAGAGUUUAUGGGAGUUUAUGGAGAAGUUAGGUGUGGAAGUUUCGCAAGAAAAGCCUAACAUGUAUGCAUAAAAUAAUAGAGCCAAUUAAAAGUGAGCCAUGCAUAUUAGCCUAUGGUUGGUGCACAUCAAGAUAGAGUCGGUGUUUGGUUUUUAUUGUUCGAUUUCUAGUUUAAAUAGGGUAAUGUUUUGUUUCAGUUUGGUUUUAUCUUCUUUUAUUUAGGAUUAAGUUUCGUGAGUCUCAGUACACAACUCCUAUUAAGAGAGCUUGUGACCACCUAUGUAACCCACCCCUGAUUUGAUAAUAAGAAAACCACCAAUGAUCAUGAUCA